AUAAAAAGACAUGGCCGCGCACGCUGUGUACGUGGCCCACGCGGACCUCGUGGGCGCCGCCGUCGUGCUCCGCCAAACGAACAUGAGCUUUCUCCGAGGAGCGCUCUUUAGCUUGGACCCGGAGAACGGCGUCGCUGUCCUCCUCACGCUCGACGACGAGGCGACGGCUGUGCAGAGCCGGGCCGUCAUGGGCCAUGCCAUCGCUGCCAUCGAAGAAGACGCGGACGGUGGCGUCGACAUUGCCGCGUUGCGUGCGUGGGUGGAUGCGCGCGGGCAAAGCAAGCGCUUCGAGUUGCACGAGGCAGCAUUGCCUGCGUUGCAGGCCUUCCUUACCAGCCGCUGCAUCGAGACGACGAUGGGCGCCGAGAACCAACUGCUUGUCUUUGGCGGCGCUGCGACGAUAUCACCGCCGUACGACGCGUACGCUAUCAGUUGCCAAAACGACUUUGUCGCGCAGCGCCUCAAGGGGCUCCUGCACGAGUGGGAAGCAACCACGUAAACCAACAUGCACCAUGUACCGUACUUGUCAAAACGACGCUUCAAAGGUGG